AUGAGGGUUGUCAACCCAAAACAAAAUCAUGUUUCUUUCACUAGCCCCUCUUUAGUGAUCAACGCUAUUUGGUCCAAUAAUCCUCAAAAUCCUUUUCGAUCAAUUUUUUCGACAUUCAGUGACACUUAUACUUCACAUCUCCAUCUGAUUGACUUUAACACACAAACACAAACCUUAACAAAAAUAGCGUCAGUCGCUCCGGCAGACCUUCCUUUCACACCAACUUCAAUUCACUUCACACCAAAACCUACACAAUGUACCGACACUUUUAUGGUUUCGGGCGACGCACUCAAACUAUUUUCGAUAUCAAGAACAAAUGACAUUUUGUUGUUAUCGACCUUUAAUUCGCAAUUUAAUGAAUUCCCUUCUUGUGGUUUAGAUUGGAGCAAAGUGAACCCGGACCUUGUCGCGACUUGGUAUUUAAACAACACAACGUCUGUCUGGAGUGUCGAACAGAACAAGCAGAUUUGUGCGUUCCACCAACACUUUGCGAUUAACGACAUGCGAUAUAGCCCCGAUUCUCCCGAUGUCUUUCUUCUCGCGUGUAACAGUGGGACGUUACAGAUCAAUGACAUCAGAUUUAACAAGCCCGCAACGUUACUUGAAAUAAAAGAACAGGAAGACUUAAUGCAAGUGAAGUGGUCAUAUUGUGAUUCAACCAAGAUCGCAACAUUCUCCGAUGUUGGUGAUAGGAUAUACAUCCACGACAUGCGGAAGCCCAAAGAGGCAUUUACACAUCUCAAAAUACAAGACAACGUCGUUAAUUCCAUUGAAUGGUCUUCGAAAAGCGCUGACCAACUCUGUAUCGCAACGGCUCGCGAUAAAGUUCUGAUAUGGAAUAUCAAUCCUGGAAAUAAUGUCUUGUCAGACUUCACGUCACAAGGGGAGGUGAAUGAUGUGUCGUGGUCAAAUGUCAAUUUGGAAUGGAUAUGUACUUGUAUCGAGUCGACUGUACAUUAUUUACACAUAUGA